AUGGGCCUGAGAUCCGGUAUUUUCAAACUCGCCAGAGGCGCAACAGCCGUGGGCGCCACCUCGAUCGGCUGCUUCUACCUCUUCACCAGAAAAUGCCAGUGGCACGAGAUCAACGACGCAUCCGAUUCGAUCAUGACCUCGAGGUUCUUCAACAAAUACAACCCGUGGCACAAUCCCACGCUGAUCGAUGUCUGUGUCCGUCGCGUGCGCCUGUCGGACCUGCCCCCGGAGCUCGUCAGCGAUAUGCGGCAGGGAGGAACGAAACUCAUCGAGAGGUUCUGCGGCGGCGUGUGGGGUGGAUUCGGUGAGUCUGACACUCGUAUUGGUCUUUCGGACAAGAAUGAAUAUACGGGUCUGGUAUUGACCAAGAAUGGAUGGAUGGAUCUAGGAUUCACACCCCAAAGACUCCUCUGGGCAAAACUAUUCCGCGGCCUGCCCGGACGUUCAACACAGCUGUGGGAGUCUGCGGAUCUGUUUGCCAGCAACUAUGAGAUCGGCACCAUAGUCACGGAUCAUCUCGAGGUCAUUGCCAAAGAGCCGACGUCCAUCUUGUUCCGCGCCGGCAAGUCGCAGGGCACCGCGGGGGAGUCUCUGCGUGACCACGACAGUCUUCUCGAAGUCGCCAUCGACCCGGAUUUCGACGCGGGUGUCGCCGAUCUGAGCAUCAAAACGGCCAUGUAUCAGGGUGCGAGCAAGGCGGCGACGACGGAAAAGCCGAUGGAGAAAGUGCAGCGGCUGCAUAUGUGGUAUACCGAGCUGUUGAUGGAGAGUGCAUUGUACUAUCUACGCCGAUAA